AUGCCAAACACGAAACAUUGUGUGUUUUUAAUAGCAUGUGGUCAAGGAUAUUAUGGUGCUGAAUGUCAACAAGAAUGUGGACACUGUCAUGACUUAACUCAGUGCGUCCACACCAACGGGUCAUGUUUAACGGGAUGCGAAGUUGGUUAUCAUGGGGAAACAUGCCAAACACCUUGCCCAUACGGAUUCUUUGGACUGGAUUGUGCUGACAGAUGUAAAGACACCUGCGAUGGUUGUAACAGAUUCAAUGGUUCUUGUGAUUCUGGGUGUAACCCUGGAUGGCAGGGAUAUGACUGCCAAGAUGCUUGUGACCAGGGAUCAUUUGGAGAUAACUGCCUUCAAAAAUGCGGGCACUGUCGUGACGUCAACCAAUGUUCCAAUAUUAAUGGGACUUGUUUGACAGGAUGUGAUGCUGGUUAUCAAGGGGACUUGUGUAAAACACCAUGUGGUCAAGGAUAUUAUGGUGCUGAAUGUCAACAAGAAUGUGGACACUGUCAUGACUUAACUCAGUGCGUCCACACCAACGGGUCAUGUUUAACGGGAUGCGAAGUUGGUUAUCAUGGGGAAACAUGCCAAAUACCUUGCCCAUACGGAUUCUUUGGACUGGAUUGUGCUGACAGAUGUAAAGACACCUGCGAUGGUUGUAACAGAUUCAAUGGUUCUUGUGAUUCUGGGUGUAACCCUGGAUGGCAGGGAUAUGACUGCCAAGAUGCUUGUGACCAGGGAUCAUUUGGAGAUAACUGCCUUCAAAAAUGCGGGCACUGUCGUGACGUCAACCAAUGUUCCAAUAUUAAUGGGACUUGUUUGACAGGAUGUGAUGCUGGUUAUCAAGGGGACUUGUGUAAAACACCUUGUGACCAGGGAUCAUUUGGAGAUAACUGCCUUCAAAAAUGCGGGCACUGUCGUGACGUCAACCAAUGUUCCAAUAUUAAUGGGACUUGUUUGACAGGAUGUGAUGCUGGUUAUCAAGGGGACUUGUGUAAAACACCAUGUGGUCAAGGAUAUUAUGGUGCUGAAUGUCAACAAGAAUGUGGACACUGUCAUGACUUAACUCAGUGCGUCCACACCAACGGGUCAUGUUUAACGGGAUGCGAAGUUGGUUAUCAUGGGGAAACAUGCCAAAUACAUUCAAUGGUUCUUGUGAUUCUGGGUGUAACCCUGGAUGGCAGGGAUAUGACUGCCAAGAUGCUUGCCCAUACGGAUUCUUUGGACUGGAUUGUGCUGACAGAUGUAAAGACACCUGCGAUGGUUGUAACAGAUUCAAUGGUUCUUGUGAUUCUGGGUGUAACCCUGGAUGGCAGGGAUAUGACUGCCAAGAUGCAUGUGGUCAAGGAUAUUAUGGUGCUGAAUGUCAACAAGAAUGUGGACACUGUCAUGACUUAA